AUGACCGAAAGUGACGUCGCAGAAUCGAUUGGCGACAUCGUCAGUCGAUUAAAUAAUGCUCUGGAUGAUCUCGAAACAAAGAAGAAUCAGACUCCAAGUGUUUUAAAGGGUCCAACAGUUUCACAAGAAAGACCUUCAGCACCAUACCGGCAAAAAAUUGAAAAACUAAGUGCAGAAGUUGUGGAUUCUAAUCCAUACAGUCGCCUGAUGGCACUCCAGCGGAUGGGAAUCGUCCGUGACUACGAACAAAUUCGAGAUAAAACUGUAGCCGUAGUGGGAGUCGGUGGUGUCGGCAGUGUGGUAGCAGAAAUGUUAACAAGGUGUGGAAUUGGAAAACUGAUUCUUUUUGACUAUGACAAAGUCGAAAUCGCCAAUAUGAAUCGUCUUUUCUAUCAACCCAACCAAGCAGGACUCAGUAAAGUUGAGGCGGCAAGAGACACACUCAUUCAUGUUAACCCUGAUGUACAAAUAGAGGUUCACAAUUUCAACAUUACAACUAUGGACAACUUCGAUGUUUUUGUCGGGAGAAUCAGAAAUGGUUCACUGAAAAGCGGAAAGAUUGACUUGGUUCUCAGUUGUGUUGACAAUUUUGAAGCUCGAAUGGCAGUUAACAUGGCAUGUAAUGAAGAAAACCAAAUCUGGAUGGAAUCAGGCGUCAGUGAGAAUGCUGUUUCAGGACACAUUCAAUACAUCGAACCAGGGAAGACAGCAUGCUUUGCUUGUGUUCCACCUCUAGUUGUCGCUUCAAACAUUGAUGAAAGAACACUGAAACGAGAGGGUGUUUGUGCUGCUUCGUUACCAACAACGAUGGCAGUUGUAGCUGGAUUCCUAGUGAUGAAUACUCUCAAGUAUCUGCUAAACUUCGGAGAAGUCUCUCACUACGUUGGAUACAAUGCCUUAGCUGACUUUUUCCCUCGUGAAAGCAUCAAGCCGAACCCGUCCUGUGAUGAUCGUCAUUGUCAAAUUAGGCAGAAGGAGUACGAAGAGAAAAUAUCUUCCGAACCGAUCACUCUUGACAUUCAAGCUCCUGAAGAUGAACCGAUUAUUCACGAAGAAAACGAUUGGGGGAUCGAGGUUGUCGAUUCUGAUACUACCGAAGCUCCGUCGUCUUCAGCAGCAACCGAGGUUGCUCCUGGUCUCAAGUUCGCUUAUGAGCCAACACAAACUCCUAAGAAGAACAGCUCCGAUAACUUGAAAUUGUCUCCAUCGCAAGCUGUUACGAAAGAGUGGAUGGAAAACAUCAGAGAUGCAUUGCUUGAGGAGGAUCGACUGAAGAAAGAGCAAAACAAAAGGAAAUAA